AUGAUCUUUGUUAAAACCCUCUCUGGUCAGACUUUGACCCUUGAGGAGGACAAUGUCGUUGACAUCAAGUCUCGAAUUGAAGCAAUUGAAGGAGUUAAUGUAGAAGACCAGAGACUGCUUUAUGCCGGUCGUCAGUUGGAGGAUGACGAUGAAGUUGAGCCAUAUUCGACUCUUCAUCUGUCGCUCAGACUGCUGGGAGGUGCCAAGAAGAGAAAGAAGAAGGUUUACACUACUCCCAAAAAGAUCAAGCAUAAGAGAAAGAAGGUCAAGCUCGCUGUCCUGAAAUAUUACGAGGUUGAUGAGAACGGUAAAAUCAGACGUCUCCGUAAGGAGUGCCAGUCCCCAACCUGCGGAGGAGGCGUUUUCAUGGCUGCCCACGAAAACAGAUAUUACUGCGGGCGGUGUCAUGAUACUCUUGUCGUAGAAGAACCCGUUGUCACCUCUAAAGGCAAAGGUGGCAAAAAGAAGUAA